GUCGUGUUCGAUCAGACGGGAUUCUUUGGCUUUGUCCAGGAAGUAGACGAGCAGCAGAAGCUUCUUCAGCGUGAAGCGGGACAGCGCCUCCUCAUGGCCUGGAGCAGAAAUGAACUUCCGGAAGCGAAUGCGUGUCACGUGAUUUGAGCGCUGUCCAAUCAGCUGCCAGAAGCGGACGGCUCGUAAUUUUGAACAGACGGGGAGCAGCCAGCGAUGAGUGCUGCAGCUAGUUAGCUGGUAGCAAAACAUCGACAGAUAUUUCUCCAAAUAAUGGACUUUACGCUGUUUCUCUACUCUGGAUAAGGUGGAAACAAAUCCGUGUUGCUAUUAUUAAACAUGGACUCUCAUAUUAUCACUCCUGGACCCUAUCGAGCCACAAAAUUGUGGAAUGAGGUGACACGUUUGUUUCGGGCCGGCAUGCCCGUCAGGAAGCACCGGCAGAACUUCAGGCACCACUCUUCCUGCUUCACGGCCGCCGCCGCCGUGGACUGGCUGCACCAGCUGCUCCAGAGCAACAGCAACUUCGGCCCCGAAGUCACCAGGCAGCAAACCCUUCAGCUGCUCAAGAAGUUCCUGAAGAACCAUGUGAUCGAAGACGUGAAGGGCCGCUGGGGAACGGAGGACCUGGAGGACAACCACAUGCUCUUCAGAUUCCCGUCUUCUUCUCCUCUGAAACCGAUCCCGUGUCCAGCUCCGGCGGCGCCAGACUCCAGGUCCAUAAAGAAGCGGCCGUCACUCCGGGACCGGGAAGGUUUCUUCAGACUGAGGAACCUCAAGAAGCAGGAGAAAGACUCCAUGGAGAACGUGGAUCCUGCGCUCCAAACGCUGCAAGACGAAUCAAAUCCGCCGACAGAAGAGCAGCAGCACCAGAGACGAGAGCUGACGCUGGAGGAUGAACAGGAAAUCUGGAGAGACGUCACCCUGACGCACCUGCAGAGGAUUCUGGGCGUCUCUUCUCUGGAUGAGGUUUUGGACCAGCGGCACAUAAACCCCCAGAACAUCAUCCACAACAUGACUAAUGUCAACAAACACGGAGUCGUCACGCUGGAGGACAAGAGCAAUGAUCUUCCUCAUUGGGUUUUGUCCGCCAUGAAGAGCCUGGCGAACUGGCCGAAGUACGACAGCGACCAGCCGUCCUACCCCGGGUUCGAAAGAGACGUCUUCAAAACGGUGUCCGAUUACUUCUACAGCCUCCCUCAGCCGCUGCUCACAUACGAACUGUACGAACUGUUCAUCAACGUCCUGGUGAUGUGUGGAUAUGUCGCAGCGCCCCCUACGCUCCAGCGUGGGAAGCGGAAGAGUUCGGAGCUGCCGUCGGUUGCGGCGCCGCCGGCCAAGUCGUCGUUUCUCUCCACGGAGUGCCUCCUCCUGUCGCUGCUCAGGCAGGGCUCAUGCGACGAGGCCGAGUCGCCCAUGAGGGACGUCCUCAGCGGGACGCUCCAGUCACGCAAGGAAUCGGGCGGCACGAAUCUGAAAACGGUUAGACUUCGCACAAGAAGCUGCUCCCUGGAAACCAUCCUGGACCGCUCUCCUCCUCCUCCAUGCGGCCUGCAGCCGUUUCCGUCCAGCAACGAAAAUCUUGUUUUCCCACCUCAGGAAGGGCACUUGAACACAACGUUUACGACCAAAGCGGACAGUUUUGUUCACGAAAACGCAGCAGGAGUUGUAACCAGGAGGAAACGCUCCGCGGGUUCCAGGGUUAGACCGUUAGACGGUCAGGCGUCGGCGCGGCCUCGCAGCGCCAGCAGCUGCCUGGACAUUGUCAUGGAAACCAAAGAAGAAGAAUAUGGAGGGAUGAAAUGGUCCAGCUGCCUCAACAUGAACCAGUAUCCUCCGUCUUCCUCCCAACAUCUUCUCUCUAUCCCAACAAAAGCUCAAGCUCAUGGCUCAACCCCCGCCUGCAGUACCUCUAACCUUUGGGCGCUGCCGGCGCCCGCCGUCCGCCGCUGCCUCAGCUCGCUGGACGUGUCCAAGCCGCCACAGCCGCAUCGGUCUGCGUCGCAGCUCAAUCUGCCCGUCUGCGUGGCUGCCAGAAACUUCCAGCUCCCCCAACCCAAACCUGAGCACAGCGUUCUCCAGCCGCAGUGCGAGCGCGUCGCCAUCGAGGCGCUGCAGCUCUGCACGCUGCUCCUCCCGCCGGCGUCCCGCAGGAAGCUGCAGCUCCUCAUGAGGAUGGCGUCCCGCAUCAGCCAGAACGUGGACAUGCCGCGCCUCCAUCCGGCCAUCGGCACCCGGACGCUGAUGGUCCACACGUUUUCAGGCUGCGUCCUGAGCAGCGCGGAGGACUGCGACCUGGACGAGCUGCUGGCGACCCGCCUCGUCUCGUUUCUGAUGGACCACCAGCAGAGCGUCCUCUCCGUCCCAGAAUACCUGCGGAGCGCCAUCAGGGACCACAUCCACUACCUGCGUGCCGUACAGGUUCCUGUCGACUCGGGUCCAAGCGACGGCGCCGACCCGGUUUGCGUUCCCAUGCCGAUGUACGCGUUCUGCAAACAGAUAAGCGGCGCUGAGUUUGAGCAGCAGAAAGCGGAGUCGUCCCAGAAGGCCAUGGAGGAGCUGCUGGAGAUCCUGCUGACGGACAGGAACCUCACCGAGAAGGACCGGCGCAAGAAGCUAAAGCAGUUUCAGAGGCAGUACCCUGACAUCUACAGCCGCCGCUUCCCUUCCUGCGGCGACCAGAGCAAAACCGACAGCAAGCCAAAGAUCAAACCGCCGCUGCUCAACAUCAAGAAGACCUUCAGCAUCAGGAACUGACGCCAUGACGCUCACAUCACGGUCAAAACUGUUACAUUAUUGGUGGAAAACUCCACUGAUAUCCGUUUGUGUUGGUUCAUUCUGUAGAUGAAGAGCGUCUCAUACAGGCAGCUGAACAGAUUUAGAGUUCACACUUUGUUUUCUUUUCAAAUACUCUGCAAACAGCAUUUGCAGCAAGUUUGGGAGAAAUAUUAAACUUUGAGCUUAAAUUUUAACUUAUAUAAAUAAUUACAUUGAGAGGAGCUCCAUUUGUCUAAAGUUUUAAAUCUUUUAGGAUAUUUUUUGCUUUUAUUUUAAAUGUUUUUAAGGACGUUUUGUUGUAAUGGAGGUUUUUGUUUUGUUUUAUGGCUUUAGGUUUCCAGAUUUAACUGAAAUAAUUCAAGUGGAGCUGGGAUUUUUAUUUCUAUAGCGCCGUGUUAGGGGGAUUGCAGGAAGAAGACAAAAAAAAAAAAAAGAGUAUUUUUCUGACAAAAAAAAAAUUAUUUAAGAAGUUUUCUAGAAAAAACUUGGAAAUUUCUGAGUUUGAAAAAUCUAAAAUUUUACAGAAAAACAGAAAUGUUGAGAUUAAUCUGUGAAUUUUCUAGAAAAAAAACUUGGAAGUUUUGAGUUUCAAAAUGUGAAAAUGGUUAAUUUUUCAACUACCACGUUUUCCACUUUUUUUCUAGAAAAUUUCUCAAAUUAUUCUGAAAAUAUAUAUAUUUUUUUAGAAAUGUACUCAUUGUUUUUGUUCCUUCUACAUUAGCUCAAAUACGGUGUCCGAUAUUUCUGCUUUAUAUGCAGGUUAGAAAAUGUUUUUCAGUGUUUAAGAAGAAAACCUUCAUUCACCGCAAUGUUAAUCUUUUAUGAGUCAUAAAGACUCUUAGUUGAGGCUUAAUUCAGCAUUUUUUAUUUUUAUAAAUUAGGCCUUUAAUUUACUAAAUGCAAAUCAAAACUCCUAAAUUGUUACUUUUCAUGCUACAUGCUCACAGGUACUUCAUACAUAGAAACUAACUCCUACUUUUAGUUUCCCCUCUUUUGUUCUAAAUGUGUAUUUGACUUUAUGAAGUUUGUUUAUACCUCAAAUGAAGUUAAGUGACCACAGAAAUACUUUGUGUUUUUGUCAAAAACUGAACAUAGGAGUGAAAAUGCACCUAUAAAUGUUUACUAUGCAAAUGUUGGGAAAUAAACCUGGUUUGUGUGA